GGGAAGAAGAGGAGGAGGAGGACGUGGGUUGAGAAGCGUCGCGUGCUGCUGCGGCUAUAGGUCAUUAAGGCGCGCGGUUUGUUCGUUGCUGAACAGACGCAGAUCGGUGUGUGAAUGAGAGUUCUAGGCGGAGAGAGAGAGACGACAAUGAUCCGUAACUGGUGUGUUUGCGUGUGAGAGGAGAGAAGAGGAGCGGGAGUUGGAGAGACAGCGAGAGACAGACAUGGAGGACUCGGAGCCUGGUGGGGAAGACGGUAUGGUCAGCGGCUGGCGGUGGAAUAACCGGAACACCGGAGCUCGAGACCAGGUUCAGCUCAGGCAGAAGAUCCGGGAUUUACCAGGACUGUUGAAACAUGGACUGCACUUACGGAAGAAAAGCCAGUCACCUGAUACCAUCCCUGGACCCAGCACAAGCCCUACUGUUCACAAGUCCUGCUCCCAGAGUUUCCCUUGUGCAGGGCGUGCGGUCAGAAAUGCUUUCCUGUCUAAUGGGCCCUACCCUGCUAAAGACAAGAUUCACCUCGCCAGGAUCAUAAGGCGUAGCUACGUGGGUGUAGACCUGGUUCAGUGGCUGUGUGAGCAGUGUGUGUACGUGCGCUGUCGGAGCAUGGCUGUGCGUGUCUGGCAGGUCUUACUGGAGCUGGGCAUCCUGCUGUCUGUGGACCAGCGCGUGGUGUUUGGGGACUCUAACUCCUACUACCAGUUCAGCUUUGAGGAGUGUGAGUCUGCAGCCUGCGAGUUCUGUGGCCUGGAGAAGGAGGCGUGGCCAGAGGCUGUUAGGCUCCUCCUACAGCUUGUCCCAUACGUCCAGUUCAGAACUGGGUCUGAGGAGGACUCAGAGGGGAACAGAGAUGUCUGUGGGGACAGCUUUCUCCAGAUGAAAGCAUUAGAUAGGCUCACCUCCACGGUGCAGAAUGAGUUGGCUGUUGCUCUCGCCCGCAAGGCUCGCAAAGCCAUGGCAGAGCAGGGUGGCCCAGAGUCACCAGACGCCAUCCCCCGGGAGACACCCACACCCAGCGACGAGAACACCACGCCCCCCUCCUUACAGCUGGGGGGGGGGUGUUCGCUCCGCGGCAACGUGGGGAGUGUGUGUGUGCGGCCGGACGGUGUGUGUGGCCGCGAGGAGCUGACCAGACUAGAGCUGGUCCAGAGACUGGCUAAGGACGGCUGCAGACUGCUGCAGAACCAGAACUAUAGAGUACCAGACCACCGCAACCCCACCGGAGAGGUGGUAGGGAGGGUGUGUCUUAAGGAAAGGGGGCGGGAUGUCCUUGUGCUACAGAGAGUGCCAUCAUCAGUGACAUCAUCACCUAAUCCCGCCUCAUCGCCAUCAGGGGGAGGAGCAAGAGAAGAAGAUGGGGAGAAGAGGUAUGUGGUGGUGUCUGGAACGCCACUGAAGAUUCUAGAACACCUGCUGAGUGACCUACGACUGGACGACCAGAGAGGAACGCCGGAGAGCAAAGAGUCUGAGAUGCUGCUGGAUGACUUCCUGUUGACGUACCUGGUGUUCAUGACGACCAACGACCUCUGUCAGGCCCUGCUCGGACACUACAGCAGUAAGCGUGUGCGUCAGGAGGAAGGGAAGGAGGCCCUCUAUAGGAAGAGGAAGGUAUUACACCUGGUCUCUCACUGGACACGCCUAUAUAAGGACUUCCUACGAGAGGACGAACACAUCAAGACAUUCAUGAAGACUCUCUCUAGGUGUGUGUUAGAGGAUCUUUAUGAGUUUCCAUCUCUGGAGAAAGACAUGAAGGAGUUCCAGAAGCUUCUACGACGCAGACACACUGUGGAUGAAUGUCCUCCACAGCAAAAGAGUAAACCUAUGUUCCAGCAGCUCAGUUUGAAAGAGAACAGCCUUCCGCUCCGUUCCCCUCAGGUUGACACCAAGGAGGUGUUGUGUCGUGUGUAUGUGAGUGCUGACUCCUACCUGUGUGUUUACACACACUCUUUGCUGAGCGUCGCAGAGCUGCUGAGGGUUGUGGGUCAGAAGAUGGACCGACCAGAAGAGGACAUGGUGCUGGUCACACACACGCACACUGGAGAGAGGAGGGUGUUACAGGCUGGUCAGUGUGUGUAUUCUGAGACUCUGACGCCACAGAGCAAACUGAUGGUCUGUCAGAGGGACCUCACACAUAUUAUGGCCCCUCUAACAGACAGUGAGCUGAGUAGGAGAACAGUGAGGUUGCUGGGUAUCAACACCUGGGAUAUGGCUGCUGCUCUCACACAACUGGACUGGAACCUCUUCAACUACAUACACGAGCAGGAGUUGGUGUAUUCCACAAUGAGCUGUAGUACCGGAGGCAGCCACCGGGAGGGGCUGUCUGUAUUACUGCAACGCUGUAACGAGGUCCAGCAGUGGGUCAUGUCUGAGGUCCUGAUGUGUGUGUCGCUCAACAAACGAGUCCAGCUGCUCAAGAAGUUCAUCAAGAUCGCAGCGCACUGUAAGGCCCAGAGGAACCUGAACUCAGCAUUUGCCAUCAUCAUGGGACUAAACACUGCAGCUGUCAGUAGACUCAAUAUAACCUGGGAGAAGGUUCCAGGGAAAUUCAAGAAGAUUUUCUCCGAACUGGAGUUGAUCACAGACCCGUCUCUGAACCAUAAAGCCUACAGAGAUGCCUUCAAGAAGAUGAAGCCUCCUAAGAUCCCUUUCAUGCCCCUGCUGUUGAAAGACAUCACCUUCAUCCACGAGGGAAACAAAACCUUUCAGGACAACCUGGUGAACUUCCAGAAACUGCACAUGAUCGCCGACAUAGUGCGUCUGAUUCGCCACUGCCAAAGUGACCAACUGGGUAACGAGGUGGUGGGCAGCGACAAUCCUGAGGUCAGGGCGAGUGUUCACCACUUACACAUCAUCGACAAUCAACAGACACUCUUUCAACUGUCACACAAACUGGAGCCACGCGCCUGAACACACACACACUCCCAGAGGAACUUUUGACCUCCACAGAACCACAGAAAAUACACUUCCUGUAUCAAAGGUGCCAUGCGAGCCACUGUCUCUCGGCCAAUCACAGUUCAACAUCCUGAAAUAGCCAGCCAACCACACUUCAGAAGACUGAUUCAGCCAGCCAACCACAGAGCUGCACACUGAGGCGGCAUUCAGACUGAAAAUGAAUAUCUGGCAAAACCUAAAUUCAGAUUGUUUUUCUGUGAGGGUCAAACGUUGACGGAUGACAAAGCCUUUGAAGAGGACAGGCCGCCAUCCGUUAUUGUUCUGUGGUGUUCUACAGUUGUUAAGCUACUCUCCAGUUACUGAGACUGCGUGUUGUUCUGUUUCUGCUCUGAAAUGAACAGUCAGUUUCACUGUAUUGAGGAUCCUCGGUAAGGGAAACGGUCAUGUGACUGCAGAUAUUAAUGGAUGGUCUAAAUGUACAGUGUGUGUGUAUAUAUGGACAGAGUAGACAUACAGUAGAUGUGUACUGUGUGUGUUCAGGCCACAUGGUGAGCCUCUGGAUGUUACAGUGCCAAAUGCCCAGAUGGGAAAGAGAUGCCAUAUUGGGCUAUACACAGGCACAGCUUUUCACAUGUCUCCAUAGUAGCAACAAAGCCUGGUCCUGCCAUACCAUAAAAGGUCAUAACAUUACACAUUGUUAUUAGAUGUUAUAACAUGGUAUUAUAGAGAGUUAUUAUAUUGUUGUUACACUUUUACUGACUGAAGAGAUUGUUCUGUUAUUUCAAUGCCUGUUACACACAGAUUUCACUAAGCAACGUGGCCUGGGUUUAAUCCCAGUCAAUGCAUUUUACACUGAUCUAGAACAUUACCCCGUUAAGGCUUGGCGUAGUCACACUGAUUGAUCUAGAACAUUACCCCGUUAAGGCUUGGCGUAGUCACACUGACUGAUCUAGAACAUUACCCCGUUAAGGCUUGGCGUAGUCACACUGACUGAUCUAGAACAUUACUCUGUUAAGGCUUGGCGUAGUCACACUGACUGAUCUAGAACAUUACUCUGUUAAGGCUUGGCGUAGUCACACUGACUGAUCUAGAACAUUACUCUGUUAAGGCUUGGCGUAGUCACACUGACUGAUCUAGAACAUUACUCUGUUAAGGCUUGGCGUAGUCACACUGACUGAUCUAGAACAUUACUCUGUUAAGGCUUGGCGUAGUCACACUGACUGAUCUAGAACAUUACUCUGUUAAGGCUUGGCGUAGUCACACUAGUACAUGCACAUGUAUCUACAGUAUUCAGGUGUUUAGGAGCAGGGCAGCACUGCUAUAGGACUAUUUAUUGUGAUAGUGACUGUAUUUAUGUUUCUCUAAAGGAGACAGACUGUGACGGUCCUGUGUGCCAGAUGAGACGGCAGCUGUAGAAAGACAAUAAUAAAAGUGUAAAGCUAUACAGGGUAACGGUGAGAUGUGUAAAGAUAGUGCAUUGUGUAUACAAAGGUUUGAAGUUGGAGCUGAAAUGCUGGAAUGUUUAAAACAGGAGACAAGGAAAUGAUUGUUACUGUCCUGUGUGAUGUCAAAAUGGGGGGAGGGGCAACAGAGGGAGAAAAAAAAGAACCAAUGAAAAAGAGAGUUUUGUUGUUGUUUUCUUGCCGUGGUCAUGACGAUGUAAAGUUCUGUUUUAAAGAAUGUUGUUGUGUUUUGCAUGACGUGACGACCCCAUGAGAUCACAAUGCAAGACCACAGAUCCUAUUCUAUAAUGCCCUACGUUUGACCAGAACCCAUGUGGCCCUGGUCAGAGUAGUGUACUAUAUUAUAGGGAAUUAGGGAGCUCUGGUUAAAAGUAGUGUACUAUAUAAGCCAGGGAAUAGUGUGCCAUUUCAGAUUUGCUAUAAGGCUUUAUUCUUCUGUAACAUUGUUGACUUGUUAAUAUGGAUAAUGUUAUUACUAUAAUGUAGGGUUUCCCAACCCUUUCCUCGGGUACUGGCAGAUAUUUCACAUUUUAGUUUUAACCCUAAACUGCCAACCACAUUCAGUUAGUCAACUAAUCAUCCACCCUUUAACUAAUUCAAUCAGGUAUGCCAGUUCAGGGUUAAAUGUGAAACGUUUAGGGGAGGCCAGAGAAAAUAGAUGGGAAACGCUGCUAUAAUGUUAUUAUUAUUAUUAUUAUUAUUAUGAUUAUUAUUAUGAUGUUUGAGAUGUUAUUAUUUAUCUGUUUACAAGUAGACUCCCCAAUAUGACAUCAUAAAGGAUCGGGUCAACUGCUUAUAGCAACAUCAUCAUCAACAGAAUUCAAUGCUGCCACUGUUGGCUCUGCAACUAUUGUCUCCAAGUUGUGCCUUCCCUUGAGGAGAUUUGAAUUCUGUUGUUUUUGUUGUUGUUAUUGUUUCUGUUUCCCCGCUGUAUAUGAUGCCUUAUUGCUGAGUGUACCUUUAGGGGAAAAGAGAAACACAGAGCAAUAUGCCCCUAACUGCUGAAGCCACUCGUCUUUUCUAAAGAGCGUUUUACUACAUAAAAGUUUUACUUGAGAUGAUGAAUAAAUUAUAGGUUUUAUGUCAUAUUAAA